AUGGCCUCCAAGGAGGAGAAGGAGCGGCUGGCGCAGGCGCUACAGGAUGAGGCGCGACCGGUGUUCUUGGCCAUAGGCCUGGACGAGAAGGUUGUAGAGCAGUCGCUGCGGAACCCCAAGUUCACGCAGGCGCUGCUGGACACCGCCAAAGAGGCGGGCGUGGUGGAGGGGUGUGCCAAGGCCAAGGGCAACCUUAUCUACACAGUUGCCAGCAAGCACCCCGCCAACGCGCUGGCCCACCGGCCGCUGCUGCUGACCUACGUCGUCAGCGAGCAGAUCAAGUCCAACGCCCAGCUUGACGGCGCCUUUGAGUACCUGAAGCGCGUCGGGCCGGGGGAGGUGUCCAGCGCCGAGCUCGAGGAGGCGGCCGGCGUGGGCGUGGUGGUGGGGCCCGAGGAGAUCGCAGCGGCGGUGGGCGCGGCGCUGGAGGCGGCCAAGGAGCGGUUGCUGGAGGAGAGGUAUCAUAUGAACACCAACGUGCUGCUGGCCGGCAUCACGAAGCAGCUCAAGUGGGCAGAUGGCGGCAAGGUGCGCGAGGUGCUGGCCGCAGCUGUUGAGGAGCUGCUGGGCCCAAAGACCGAGGCCGACCUGGCGCCGCCGCCCGACAAGAAGAAGAAGGCAAAGGCCGAGAAGCCCAAGGCCAAGGAGGACCCCGCGGCGGCGGCAGCGGCCACCAAUGGCAAGGCGGCGGGCGCCAAGGCGCACGCCGCGCCCGAGGACGGGGCUGCGGGCACCGACGACGACCCCUACGCAUUCAUGCCCAAGCCCGAGGAGAACAACAAGGUCCACACUUCGGUCAACUUCAGCGACGAGCGCGGCGUCAUGCGCAUCGCCAACAGCGCGCAGAAGCUGGCGGAGCACCUGGCGCGCACGGGGGGCAAGCUGGUCACGCGCUUCCCGCCAGAGCCCAAUGGCUACCUGCAUAUCGGCCACGCAAAGGCCAUGUUUGUCGACUUUGGAAUGGCGGCGCGCUAUGGUGGUGUGUGCUACCUCCGCUACGACGACACCAACCCCAACGCAGAGAAACAGGAGUACAUUGACCACAUUGAGGAGAUCGUGGCCUGGAUGGGCUGGACCCCCUGGAAGAUCACGUACGCGUCGGACUACUUUGACCGGCUCUACGACUACGCGCUGCAGCUCAUCCAGGGGGGACACGCGUACGUGUGCCACCAGACCAAGGCGGAGAUUGAGGAGUCGCGGGAGAAGAAGCAGCCCUCCCCCUGGAGGAACAGGUCUGUUGAGGAGAACCUGCGUCUGUUUGAGGACAUGCGGCGGGGGCUGUACCGCGAGGGUGAGGCCACCCUGCGCAUGAAGAUGGACUACCUCAACGAGAACCCCACCAUGUGGGACAGCGUGGCCUACAGGUGA